AUGGCUGCAACAAACGGUGAGCCCGAGGUCCGGGACGUCCUGCUGAGUCUUGUUUUUGCUUCACGAAACACUAGAAGCCUGACGGACAUUGACAAGUGCUUGGGAUUGAAUGGGAACCAUGAGCCGUGUGGUAACCCUAACGGCAAAGAACGCAAAGCUAGAGCCACUGCGGAAUACAAUUUACUCCUCGGCAAGCAGGUCCCCCUGGAUGAAGAGGCGGUCGUAUCGAUUGAGACGUUCCUGAAUGCUACACAUUGUCGUUACCACGUUGGUAAACCUCUUGCCCGACUCAGGCAAUGGAUGCUCAACGAACGUGUAGACGAUAUUGCAGCCUGCUCAGGUGAAGGGACUGACUACGAGAUCCCGUCUGCUUCUCAGAAUCACACAACUACCUCUGUGGACAAGAAACCUGGUUCUCCAGGUAGCAAAACGAACCAACAAGUAUUGCCGGUCGAUCUGGAUUCACACGUUGACCAAUACUCAGAGGGCGAGGCCGUAUCUGAAUAUUUCUCCGACCUUACUAUUUCACCUGGUCAAGAGUCAAACAUUAGUUUCAAUUCUGCCAGCCCUGCGAGCACCACCUUGACGACACCUGAUACGACGCCUAUCAGCCUCCGUGACUUACCGAUCCUGGACCAACCCGGUAGUCGCCCCGAAACACCGUGCCCCAUGCCGAAAUCGAAAGACGUUAUCAUCACGGAGCAAGAUUUAGAACAAGAUGAUGAAGCGAAAGAGUUUCUGGUCCAGGAAGACAGGAAGGGUGUUGAAAUGCGCGAUAACAUGAUACGCCGUAUCAAGACCCAGAAGAGAGGCAAACUUCCGUUGCUGAUUGGUAUUAUGCAUGACUGGACACCACUGGACCAUGAAGUGGGGCUUGUCUAUGUGUACAAGCACGACAAGCAAGCAGGAUUGAUCAAGAUCGGUUGGACCAGACACAGUUCGACUCAACGGUAUUCUCAAAGCGGAAACUGCUACGCUGUGAACUCGAAACCAUACUGGGAGAGCCCCACGUCCUUUGUUGGGGCCUAUCGAGUGGAGCAGUUGACACAAAAACAGUUGCAAGAGUGGAAUGUGGACAAGGAUGGCUGUGCCAAUUGCAAGAAACGUCAUCGAGAAUGGUUCCGUUACGAUGCAGAUGAGGCGACAAAACUGAUCCAGGUGUGGACGGAGUUCGUAACAGGCGACUAUUACGAUCGUGGUUCAGACUCUGAUGGUAAGAAAUUCGGUUGGUUGAGCCAGACAGGUCGCGAGUUCAUGGACCGUCUUUGCAACGUGAAUCCAGACACGAUCAUUCAGCACAUGCAAGCAGAAAGCAUCGGCGCAUCGGUGGUUGGACAGAGAGGGCGUGACAAUGAAUCGGCAACAAGGCAAACCACAUCUGAGCCUGAACCGGUCUCGAGACAAGACAUUAUUGUCGAGUCUAUACCUGAGAAUGAUGAGUCCCGUGACGAGAUUUGUGGGGAAAGUGCUGCCUUCCUAUCCCAAGAAAAGACAAAAAGGCAGGGGAAAACGUGGCACAUCAAGCAAGCAGCCAAAACCAGAUUACAUAGCGCGAUGGAUGCCGUUCCCGAAUCAUUGCGCCGGGGGCUGGCCUCAACUAUGGACCGCUUCCGUGAGUCUAAUCAGAAGUCUCCUCCCCAACUCCCUCCUGGAAGUGAAGAGACAAUGCAGAGUUUCUAUGCUAGGUACUACGCAAAUGAGAUCCGGGAGCUGGAGGAGCUUUUGUCGCGGAAUGUACAGGGAAGGAGGUCUAAACCAAGCGUUUGGCCACAAUGGCUCAAACGUCGUUGA